AUGAAAGAUCGGCCCAAUGAGCCAAAGAAUGAGAAACAGGAUGAUUUGGCUGUCGCUAUGAGGAUCCGCCGUUGCUCUAUGUUCUGUCUACUACUAUUACUCCUACCGUGCGCGGAGGAUGCUGAAGUCUUUGCUGGCACUACUGUUGCCGGUAACUACAACCGAUAG